AUUCUACUGACGUCGACAGGAUGAUGAAACAGAUCAAGUUGUCGGCGUUGAUCGAUCGGUCCAAGGAUUUGACGAAGAAGCGACCGAGUCGAGCGAAACGAACCCUGACGUGGUGGAAGGAGCAUUAUGGCAAGUCGUUGGGCGACGCUACCACCAACGCGACGACGACCGUGGACAGUGUGUACCGCGCCAUUGUCGACAACGACACGCAAGCGCUGGACCGCUUGGUGUCGGAGCACCCGAUGCUCGCAUUUACGAAGCUAUUUGGCCCCGGAAAAAGAACGGCAUUGUAUGUAGCGAGUAUGUUGGGCAAGGUCGAGUGUGUCCGCGUGCUGAUUGCCCACGGAGCGGACAAACACUUGGCGUGCGACGGGUACCCCCCCGUCCAAGUCGCGGGUCUGUGCACGCCCGACCCCGUCCCAGCUAUGCGGAUCAAGUACCUCUUGGGCGCCUUUUCGACGCCUCAAGUGCUGCUUCGACGCAAAGCCUGCCUUCCUGGAUCGAAGCGAUGCCGCGUGGAAAUCCACUUUAGCGAACCCAUUUGGGACUUUGUCCAAGAUGACAUCCAAGUCGACGGAUGCCAAGUUACUUCGCUUUCCAUGUACCGCGCCGACUUUUUUGUGGCGAUGGUCGACAUCACGGCCGAGGACGACGACGCUAAGCGCCCAACGGUGCAGAUUCCCGCGAAAGUUGCGCGUCGGCAGCACACGAAUCGCCUCAACGACGCCUCGCCCGUGUUGUAUUUGAGCUAACGUUAACGUGAGGAAUAGGUGUCGAGAUAUGUAAUAACGGUAUAACUACAAGUAGUUCUUUCCCAUGUAGUUAGUUGAUUUGUCUAGUAGACGUUAUUGCUGGUUACAUUCGCUGGGCAUGCCGUCGCUACCACCACCACCACCACUA